AUGGCAAGCCAACAGCCUCGUCCCGCAUGGUUCCGUUUUUCUUCCUUGGCUGCUCGUGCCCCUGCACCACCACCACCACCAACAGCCCCUACUCGCCCACCUCCUGUACAGGCACCGCCAGCAGCAAUUCCUACUCGUCCACAGGCACCUCCAUCAACAGCCCCUGCACAGGCACCCCCACCAGCAAUUCCUGCUCGCCCACCAGCUCCUAUGCCAGCCUUAGUUCGACCCUCCAUUCCAAUUAGGCCCUCUUUUCCACCUCCUCCUCCCGCUGCUGCUGCUGCUGCACCACCACCACGACCGUCUCCUGCAACCCCUCCGGCUCCACCAAAGUCACCAAUUGCAACCACCCCUGCACCAGCUGCAACUCCACCAAGCCAUCUCCGCCAAGGUCUCCACCAAACUCCGCCGAGGUCUUCUCCAGUCCAAAGAUCAACCUUCACAACAAACUCCAAUACUCCUCCUAAAACAAAACCACAGACUCCACCAUCCUCUUCAAAGCCAACAAACGAUUUCAAAGCCGCAAAACCAAUACCAUCAUCUCCAAAAGAAAUCAAACCUUUGGAAAUUAGAACCCCACCACCUUCACAAUCUCCUCAAAUCAAGCCUUUAUCUCACCCUCCAUCCCCUUUCACAUUACCACCAGCGCAAAUAAACGCAGAUGGCGGCCCACUCAUCGAGCACAAAACGGUGCUCGAGCAACACACCACCGUUGUCGACAAACCAAUGAAAAGCCCCAGAGGCCACAACAACAGUGCUCAUUCUUCUUCCAAUGGAAAGAGAGAAUCAAUAAAGAGCCGUGCGAGCACCAAGAAACCUUCCGAAAGUGAAGGAUUGGGUAUGAGAGUCAUCACACUUGCUGGCGAAAACAAAGGAGCUAUAAUGGAACUGUCAAGUCACACUUCCCAGAAGAAGAAGCACUUUGUGGGCAACCCGAGGACACUGCAAAACAGCAGUAGAUCAAGCAGUGAGAGCGAUGAAGAUGGGAGUAGUAGUAAUAAAAGUAAGAGGGGAAUGCGUACUCCAAUGACAGCAGCAUACUUAAACAGCAACGUCCAGGGACUGAACAAUUCAAUCCUAUACAAUACUAAUUUUCAACACAACGACCCUGGGGUCCACCUCUCUCUCACCAGAAACUCCAACGGUGCUCCACUACACCGCCAUGGCUAAAUUAUUUACAAUGCUGCUGACUGGUCAGUGAUCAAUCAGUCUCUGUUUCCUUUCUUUUUUUUUUUUUUGUUUUUUUUUUUUUUUUGUUUUCGGAUGGAAUAAUAAAAUGGAAUUCGUCAUGUGACGAAAAAGUCAAGUAAAAGGGGCUUUGUGGGCACCGAUUCUCCAUCCAGCUAAUAAGUGCUUGCUGCAUCUUUCCCUGUUUAAUUCAGGCCUUUGAUAUGAGAUUUAAUAAAUUUACUCUUUGUUGUUUUCUGAGCUAGAGAACCAUGAACUACUCACAUCAAACACAGUUUUUAUGAUCAAAUAAUAUUCCCAUUUCAA